AUGCCCAACAACCCCGAAAAAUUGGUCGUCACCCAACAACCACGAACCUCGGUCGUCACCCAACAACCCGGGACCUCGGUCGUCACCCAACAACCACGAACUUCGGUCGUCACACAAAUACCCCGAAUCUCGGUCGUCUCCCAACAAUCCCGAACCUUGGUCGUCACACAAAUACCCCGAAUCUCGGUCGUCUCCCAACAAACACGAAGUUCGGUCGUCACCCAAAAACCCCGAACCUUGGUCGUCACCCAACAACCCGGGACCUCGGUCGUCACCCAACAACACCGAACCUCGGUCGUCACCCAACAACCCCGAACCCUAGUCGUCACCAAACAACCCGGGACCUCGGUCGUCACCCCAAAAACCCCGAACCCCAGUCGUCACCCAACAACCCGGGACCUCGGUCGUCAACCAACAACCCUGAACCCCAGUCGUCACCCAACAACCCGGGACCUCGGUCGUCACCCAACAACCCCGAACCCUAGUCGUCACCAAACAACCCGGGACCUCGGUCGUCACCCCAAAAACCCCGAACCCCAGUCGUCACCCAACAACCCGGGACCUCGGUCGUCAACCAACAACCCUGAACCCCAGUCGUCACCCAACAACCCGGGACCUCGGUCGUCACCCAAUAACCCCGAACCCUAG